AUUAUUUCGUGGGUUCAAGGCCUUAUAUAAAUCCCGUACCCUUGCCUACGUGCAGCCUGCAGGCCUGACGGUUAAUUUCAUCUUACCUCCUCAGACCUCUAGAUCUUUGUGAUCAACAACUAUCGGAUUAUCGAGAUGCAUCAUGCGCUACUCGUUCCGGACGUCCUCGGUCACAUCCUUGCAUACAUCAAAGCUGAUGUGCCAAUGAGUAACCGCACCUUCGCAGCACUAGCCAGAACCUGCAGUGCUCUCAGUGAAGCCUCGUUAGAUGCCCUCUGGAACGAGCUGUGUAGCCUGUACCCAUUAGUUUCGUGCAUCUACGAUACUAACAUGAAUAGGUUGAGCGACAAGCGCACAGCAGAAGCCGACACUGAUGCGGAAUCAGAUUUGUCUGUUUUCUACAACUCUCCCUGAUGAUCUGGGAGUGUUUCAUGUUCACCAGGUUCCCACUCCUUUCCUCCCUAAUCUCAACCACUUGGUUUGGACCCAUCAACUUGGUCCCGCGCUGGUUUGGCCCCUGCUCGGUCCACGCUUACAAUCUCUUCACAUACCAAGCAUUCAGUGGAACUCGAAAUCCACCCCGCUGUUCUUGUCUAAAAUCCGGGGACUUUGCCCGGAGCUUAGUUCACUGACAUUGCAAUUUUAUCUUUUGCCAGCAUGUCGAGCUGCAACCGAAAGCUCCAUAUCCCGAGUAAUUUGCUCUUGGAAGAAGCUUGAGGUAUUGGACUUGAGCCCCGCGGGUAGCGAAUGUAUUCUCAGCUUUCAUGUGCUGUCAUCUCUCAGAGUCCUCAGCUUGCGCAUUGACAACUCAUUUGAUCUGGAUCUGCCUGCAAAUUCGCUCUCAUUUCCAUUGUUGCACACUCUCCGAUUCCAAGCCAUCAGCCUGAGGACUGCCUAUUCUCUCCUUCAAGCGAUGAGGAGCUUGCCUAAAUCUGUGGAGAUUUCCCUUCUACUACACCAACCCGGGGAUUGCGGUCUUGAGCUCAUUCUGUGCGCUAUCGGUCAACAUACAUCAUGCAACAUUCUUGAAGAGUUGCGCAUGAAUAGGGACAUUAUCGUCAAUGACUUCAACGUGCUACGACCCCUUUUCCUUUGCUGCAACCUUCGUGUUUUGCGCAUGACGAUGACGCCACACUUCGUUGAUGAUGAUCUAUGCGCGGUGGCCUCUGCUUGGCCACAAUUGGAGAUACUUGAGUUGUUUGGCUACCACAUCCCAUACAUGACAAUUCCCUCCCUAGACCUCCCUACUGUGGAAGAACUCCUCCCAAUUCCCCUGCCUAGCAAUCGGAUUGCUAAAUUCACCUUCCACGGUCUCAUUUCGCUUCUAAGAUUGUGCCCCAAUCUUCGCUUCUUUAACCUGACUAUCGACGCCACCAAGCUGGAUGGACUGCAGGGUGAUAAACCAGGCGGCGGCGUUUGCAACCGACUGGUCAAACGUCCCCGACUCGUUGAUUCGCCCAUCAAUGACCCUGAAGCUGUUGCUCGCAUCCUCUUUGACAUACUUCCCGAACUCGAGACCGUUUGUGGGGAGGGCUUUGUUCCAGACAGGCUUGGCCACCAACCACUGUCUCCAGGAUGGGCCCGAGUUCAGGAAAUAAUACUCGCUUCUAAAGCAGCCAGGGGGCUUGCGACGUAG